CAAUCUUGUUCUGUUACAUCAGAAUCCUUCAAAAUGAAAAUAUUGUAAAUAUAUAUAAGAGAAAAGAAGAUCUGGGCACACGAUGUCAAGCACAUCACCGAGAAUAUCGGAUUUCACUUGUUACUUUGAAUCGAUGCUUUCGGCACAAUCGAAUACUUGCCAAUUAUGAACGCGGAAUACGAUGAGGAUCUAUCGGAGAAUCAAUUUCUGCAGGAACUCAGGAAUGAGUAUGAAGCUACGCUUGAGCGAGCCAUCCACGAGAGCUGGAUCAUCUGCAUUCCACGCAGUAGAAGCUUUGUCAAUCGCAAAUUCGAGGAAGAUGAAGUUAAUGCUCACAUUUUGAUACCCAGACAGGAUCUCUCCGUCGGUCGAUUUGACAGUCUGAGCGGCAGAGAGAUCCGUCUCUUGGAUAAAGUCCUGACUAUCAAGUACGACGAUGCUGAACAAUAUUCUUCGCGUUUACUUUUUGAGGAAAUUUUCUAUAGCAAGGAUCUGCGUAAAUAUUGCAUAUGGUGCAUAGAACGACCUUUGGAAGCUAGUAUGUAUGUGUCAAACAACAGUGUAAACGUAAUUACAAAUCUCCAGGAAGCCAUGAAUUUUCUCCAAGCAGAACUACUCGACAAACAGCUCCGUGAUGACUUUGAGGCCAAAAUCAAAGAUUUCUUAUGCAUUAACAAGAACCUGGAAGGCAAAUCGAUGGAAGUACAGAGAGAUGUAGUGCACGAAUUGUAUGCAGAUUGUAUGGCAACAUUAUUGAAAAAUACUACAUUGAGAGAGAAGAUUUCGGAUGACAAGCAUUAUCACUGGAACAUCAGAGUGUCGUUAGAGACAUAUAUUCUAUAUGCAUUGAGAAACGUGCUGCUGAGAUCAUUGUCCGCUUGUACCAUCGUAGAAGACGCCUGCUUAAAUAAGAUCAUCAGAAAUCUAGACGAGAUCCAACUGAGUGAUCUCAGAGUACGGUCGGAUUUACAAUCUCGCGUUCAUGGUGGAAAAAUAGAACUGUCGCGAUUGGACUGCCUCGUGACUGUGUUGGGUAAGAUCGAGUGUCUUAGAAGAACAGUAAAUUACGUGUCGCGCGGCACGUCGUCCGUCUCGUCGGACGAUCUUUUACCGGUGCUUGUAUUUCUCAUCAUCAAAGCUGGUCUACCGAACUGGACGGCGCAGUUAUACUUCAUGAGACACUUCCGUCUUUCUAUGAAUUCCGCUCACGAGACGGACGAAGCCGGUUUUCUGAUAACGUCACUGGAAGCUGCGAUAGAGCACAUCAAAUCCGAAACGAUCUGCAACGGUGACAAAUGUGCGAAUAAUUCAGACAUGUACGGUCAAUUGAUAAGUCAAUCGGAACGCUCGUCCAUUAAUUAUCUGUUUGCAUGUAUCAAGAACGGCAAUCUGUCCGAGGUUGAAAGGAUAUUGGCCUUCAACGGGACCAGCCAGGCCGACGACGUCGCGCUCUGCCAUCCUUUAUGCACCUGUGCGUCCUGCGAGCGAAACUGGGUGAAGCAUCGAGAUCUGAACGUAUAUUCCAAGGACGACAAGGGUUUGACGCCGCUGCACGUCGCGGUGCAGUACGAUCAGAUAGUGAUCGUGGACUUCCUUCUCGACCGCGAGAUGGAUAUAAACGCCGCCGACUCGGAUGGCCUGACGGCCCUUCAUCACGCGUGCAUCAAGGGCCAUCAGAACAUUCUACUGCUGUUGCUGCAUGCAAACGCGAAUCCUACGGUGACGGACUCGCGAGGCAACACGCCGCUGCACCUGACCGUGGACCGCGGUCACGAGAGCUGCGUGAAGGCGCUGCUGUACCUGUCGGAACACAUUAAGGUGCCGGUCAAUGCGAACGCCGCGAACGACAACGGCGAUGCGCCGCUGCAUCUUGCUGCCCGUUGGGGCUAUUGCGCGAUCGUUCGCAUUCUCUUGGAAUACGGCGCGAACUGCGGGCUGAGCAAUAAGAAAGGCCAGACGCCGCUGACGGUGACAUACAGCGAGAACAUCGCCGAGCUACUCAGAUGCGACACAAUGACGGGCGGUAUCUCGCCGCAGCAUACCCUUGUGAAAUCUCGUCGGUCCUUUCACCAACGUCACUGGACCGCAUCUGACAGCAAAGAUUCGUCGCAUUCUAAGAGCUACGCCAGCGCGAUGCAGCACCGCAUGAUGGACAAACUGCUCGCCGCUAUAGUCGACGGUGACAUAUGCCUGGCGUGUUAUUACUUGGGGCUGGAAGUCUAUCGCGAACGGCCGCCAGGUGUUCGCGCAAGCCUGUGUCAUCAUCCACUGUGCGACUGCGAGCGUUGUUCGGCGAUCGGCGAGUGCAAGCUAGAGCGCAAGGGCCGGCAGCGCGUGCUCACGAUCAACGCCUGCAACGACCUCGGCGAGACGGCGUUGCACGUGGCGAGCACGACCGGUCGCACGAAGAUGGUGCAGCUGUUGCUGGACGCCGGCGCGAAUGUGAACGUAGCGACCAAACCGGAUGAUCGCACCCCGCUGCAUCUGGCCUGCUUCAACGAUCGCAUCGACGCGGCAAGACUGUUGCUCAACUGUGCGACCUGCGACGUCGACGCGAAAGAUCACAACGGCGACACGCCGUUGCAUCUGGCGACCGUUGCCGGCAACGAGAAGCUCGUCGCCCUGUUGAUUAGAUACGGCGCCAACACCAACGCCCGCAAUUUGCAGAACAAGACUCCGCUGACGCAAGUGGAGGAAAAGCUUACCGUCGCCUUCCGCGCAAAUUAUGCCAACAUACUGAAGAUCCUGAAACAAAAUUCCGCGCAGUCAGCUGGCGAUUAAUUGAUAUACAAGCCGUUCGGCUUAUACGUUAAUUAAUUUUUCUCUACUUACCUCAUAGAUUGUGUCUUGCUCUUGAAGUAACUUAACGUAUUUCUCCAAGUGAUAUUCUAUUUCAUAUUCCAUGCAAUUGAUGGAGAAGAAAUGUAUAUUUUUUUUUUACUACUUGUACCAGUAUACUGAAGAUUCCAAAGCAAUACUCUGCACAAACGGAAAGCAAUUAAUUUCUAUUCUAGGAUUAAGAAGUUAUUUAUUUUUUUUCGUACCAUGUAUUUUUUUAUAUAUGGUAGCUUGCAUGAAUUGUCAGGAAAAAUAUAUAUAAAGAUAUAUAAUAUAAUUCUAACAUAAUUUCGUCCAUUGUGAUUUAGUUCUGUCUAAAGAUUGAGUAAUGAAUCAAAUUACAAUUUUAAAACUAGAUUUCAUGUAAAAUGUCUCAAAAUAUGUCUCAAAGCUCUCUCUUAUGAGAUUGUUUUUUUUUUAAGAAUUGCUCGUACAAUUUCUAUACGUAAUACAAAUUGUAUAUGUAAUAUCGUAUAAUGAAUGAGCAAUAUUAGUGUGAUAACAAUAUUAUUAAUUAAGAGAUGAAUGAGUGCAAUUGUAUAAUUAGUCAGAUUAGUUUUAUAUAUUUUAUAUAUAAUUGAGAGAAUUGUAGAAAAAUAUAUAUAUUUAAAGCAGUGACAUUCAUAACUUAUUCGUUUUGUAUGAAACAAAAUA